GUCAUUCUGCUGCUGCGCACUCCCGCAGCAGGAGGGGUGCGUUUAGAGGCGGACGGAAAGAAAAAAAAGAAAGGGGGGGGACGUUAGGGAAAGGAGCGCCUGGGCAGCACUGCAACAGCUGCAGCGGGAGCAAAGGAAGAAAGAGGAGGUUGCAGGAUUGCUGCAAGAAGGAACCUUUUUUCAUGCAGGAUUUCUUUGUGAGAGGAAGGUUGCAGCGCGGAACCUCAUUUUUCUUCCUUGUCCGUUGAUGCUCAAUUCUCCGCUCCCAUGCCGGAGGCAUGCAUGGGAGGAGUGUGAAAGGAAGGGAAGGAGAUUUCAAGAUGGAUAGCUCCAGAGCGUACAGUCAAGGAGAUGGCAAAGGACUUGGCUUUGGGGCCAAGAGGCCUAAAUCCGGGGUGCCUCAGAGUACCCAGCGGGGUGAACUUAAGGUUUACCGGGCAGGUAGCUCCGAGGGCAGGCUGCCCGUGGCCUCCAGCCUCCGCAAGCAGAGAUCCAUGACCAACCUGGCCGUACUCACCGACGCCGAGAAGAAGUUGCACCUCUACGAGUGGUGCGAUGACAUGGCCAAGUCCGGGGUGGGUGGUUUGAGGAAGACGGGCAAGCCGACGGGCAAGAUGCCAGGCGGUGGCGGCGGCGCCCCGCUUUCUCGUAACCUCUCCAAGUCGGAGCACUCCCUCUUCCAAGGCAAACCCAAGCCCUUUGCCCCUCUGGCGGCGCCGUCAGCUCUCGGCAAGCAAAGCCGGAUCCCUCGCGCUCCGUACGCGGAGGUGAAGCCCCUCAGCAAGGCCCCCGAGGAUGGAAGGUCAGAUGAUGAGAUCCUCUCCAGCAAGGCCAAGGCAGCCGCCAAGAAGCCGGGAGCCGGAGGGGAUUCUGGCUCCAAGGGUCAGGGGGAAGAAGAUGGGGACAAGCCCUUCUUGAAGGUGGACCCCGAACUUGUGGUGACAGUGCUGGGCGACUUGGAGCAGCUGCUCUUCAGCCAGAUGUUAGAUCCCGAGUCGCAGAGAAAGCGCACGGUACAGAACGUCCUUGACCUCCGUCAGAAUUUGGAGGACACCAUGUCAAGUCUCCGGGGCUCCCAACUCAGCCACAGCUGCGUGGACAGCAGCAACGUGGGCUACGACAGCGACGACACCAACGCCCGCAGUAUGUCCAGCCUGUCCAACCGCUCUUCACCGCUGUCAUGGCGCCACGGGCAAGCUAGCCCUCGGCUCCAGGCGGGCGAAGCCCCGUCCUCUGCGGCUGGCGGUUACCAGGGAGCUAAGAUCUCCUCCCCGUACGUCGCCCAGACCAUGCCAGCUCCCUGCUCGGGCAGGCUGAGUGGGAAUUCGCGUAUAGAUCUUCUGGAUGAAGGAGAGCUCAAGUCUGGUUACCUGAGCGACAGUGACCUUCUGGGCAAAAGCCUCCAGGAUGAUGACGACAACCUCACUAACGGCUGGGAUGAAAGCAGCUCCAUCAGCAGCGGGCUCAGCGACGGUGACGGCGAGGUUUCGGACAACUUGAGCUCAGAAGAGUUCAACGCCAGCUCGUCCCUCAACUCUCUUCCAAACACGCCACUGGGAUCUAGACGCAACUCUUCCGUCAUGCUCCGAACCGAUGCAGAGAAGCGCUCUUUGGUGGAGAGCGGACUGUCCUGGUACAGCGAAGACGGCAAGGCGGGCCGCAAGACGGACACCAGCGGCUACGACACGGGCAGUCUGAAAACGGAAGCGCCGAGCAAGUGGAGGAAGAAGCCGCCCGGUUUCAGCGACGAGCUGAGCGUCAAAGGAGAAGCCAGGAAGCCUCAAAGUUUGGGAGCGCCGGGAAGCUUUAAGAAGAGUCGGAAUCCUCCGGUGGGGGUCACCUCCCCCAUCACCCACACCUCGCAGAGUAUGCUGAGAGUGGCAGCAGCAAAAAAUGACAAGCCGCAGGACAAAUCCAAGAUUUCCAUCAAGACGGCAGGUCUCCAACGCUCGCGUUCUGACGCCGGCCGGGAUCAUCACAUGGAGACCCGAAAGCCCCCGUCUGGUUUAGUCAAACCCUCGAGCGGAGCCUCCUUUGGCUACAAGAGAACGCCUGCAGCCACCGGUACGGCCACGGUGCUGACAGCAGGGGGCGCCACCAUCUCCACUGGCUCUGCUACUGUGGGGAAAAUUCCAAAGUCCUCAGGCAUGUCGAUGAAGCCCGUGGGGUUGGGAGCGACUUCUGGCCGCAAGAACAGCUUUGAUGCCAGCGGCGAGCCCAGCUUCCUGGGGCCCAAUGCCCGGAAUAGCAUCCAGUACCGAAGCCUGCCUCGACCCGCCAAGUCCAGCACGCUCAGCGUCAUCGGUCGCCCCGCAUCCCGACCCGUCAGCGGCACUAUAGACCCGAGCCUGCUGACCCUGAAGCCCGUCACCGUGGCCUCGGCAAACCCCAGGGUGAAAGACCCUACCAGUUGCAAAAUGUCAAAUCGGACGAUGGUUGUCCCGGUGAACCAGACCGACCGGGAGAAGGAGAAAGCCAGGGCUAAAGCCGUGUGUGCCGACAUCGACAUAGACUGUGCUUCCCUGAAAGGAGUCCAGGUUCCCUCAGAGUCCUCGCGAGAAUCUUUGGUGAAACUGCACGGCCUGAGACGGACCAGCAGUAGCAAAUAUCCUGAACUUUCAUCGCCCACCACGCCAAGGAUGUUAGCCAAGUCUUUGGGGCGUCCACCCAGCCUGGCUCAUCUGGACAAAGUCAACUCCAACAGUUUGGACUCCUGCGUGACCAUUCAGGACCUCCCUCCCAAAGUCCCCCCUUACUCCAAGCUCCAGGACCUGGCUUCCUCCCACUCAGCAACCCGUCUGACGCCUAGCCCGGCGCCGGUGCUGCACAUCGACUCUCCCGGCUCGUAUACGAGCGACAGCCUGGGGGGAUCGCCCCUGCUAUAUCCCAAACUGUCAAGUAUGCACCGCAGCAUGGAAUCGCUGCCCCUGCAAAUGAGCGUGCCCUCUCGAUCCCGGUUUAGCAGCAAAGAGUCGAUGGAUAACGAGAGGGGAGUUGGGACGUGGGGCGCGGGGAGCAGGACGUCUCUCAACCUUUCCGAAGGGUUGCAGAGCGAGAGGAACACCUUGCCAAAGAAAGGCUUAGAACGCUGCAGCUCAAGCUUGUCGGAGAACGACGGCAUGAAACCGGGGCGCCGCCACUCGCACAACGAGCCCGACAGCCCACCUCAGCUGCCGUCACCCACCCGCACCAUCCACCUCUUGUCCGCCACCAAAGCUCCUCUCACCAACGUGGUUGCACCGAUUUCUUCUUCGGGCACCCCGAGGAUAUCCCGCUCCAAUAGCAUCGGGCCUCCCGGUGAGCACGAGCUCUACGGCUCCUCCCCGUUGGGCAGCACCAUGUCGCUGGCAGACCGACCCAAAAGCAUGAUGCGCUCCGGCUCUUUCCGCGAACCGGCAGAUGAUGUACACGGCUCUGUGCUCUCCUUAGCUUCCAAUGCUUCAUCCAGCUACUCCUCCUCGCAAAUCCGCAAACUACGGCGCGAGCUGGAAUCUUCGCAGGAGAAAGUUGCCGACUUGACCAUGCAGCUGUCUGCCAACGCUAAUCUGGUCGCAGCUUUUGAACAGAGCCUGGCACUGAUGACAGCUCGCCUGCAGACCUUGUCAGCUUCUUCUGAUCAGAAGGAUUCUGAGCUGAACGACCUGAAGGACACCAUUGAGAUUCUGAAGACCAAAAACACUGAGGCUCAGGAUAUCAUUCAUGAUGCUCUCAAUAAUUCCGAAAUCGUGUCAAAAGAACUGCAGAUAAAUCGUCAGAACUCAUCAGAAAGCCUCUCCAGCCUCGCCAGCAACACCAGCCACUCGAGCAUGGGCAGUCUCAAGGAGAUGGAGGCCAAGAAGAAGAAGAAGAAGAGCUGGUUACGCAGCUCGUUCAACAAGGCUUUCAAGAAGGGUGCUAAGCCAACAGGGCCCUAUGACGACAUUGAGGAAAUUGCCACCCCGGAAUCGUCUGUACCACCUUCACCUAAAGUCGACCGUGAUGGGCCUGAUCCUCCGCCAUCGUCCAUGAAAGCCUCAACCUCCGUUUCAUCAUCUGGGCUGUGUGAGGGAAGCGAGGCGGCGGAUGACAAGGUUGUGUCUGACCUUCGCUCGGAACUGUGGGAGAAGGAGCGGAAACUUACCGAUAUCCGACUGGAGGCUUUAUCCUCUGCCCAUCAGCUGGAACAGCUGCAGGAGACCAUGACCAACAUGCAGAAGACAGUGACCAAUCUCAAGGUGGAGAACGACCAACUGAAAACAAGUAGCCUGUCUUCCUGCCCAUCUUCUGGACCCUCCACUUCCGUCUCCCAGUCCUCAGGUCUCACUUCUCUUGCCAACUUAUCACCACGACAUUCUGUUGCGGUGCGGGAUGCCCGAAGAACCAGCACAGAUUCCAUGGAUUACACCAGCCUAUCGUCGCAGCGAGAUGACCACCGUGUCAGGGUGGUGGCUUGCGUUGCAGAUUUGCACGUCUUCAAAGAUGAGGUGAAACAACAGAACUUCUUCCUCGGUACCGUCAGGGUGAACGGCAGGAUGGACUGGCCCAUGCUGGACUCUGCCGUCAGUCAGGCUUUCAAGGUUUAUGUUGCUAAAGUGGACCCCACCUCCAGUCUUGGCCUUUCAACGGACUCCAUUUACAGCUAUAGCAUGGGUCACAUCAAAAGGGUACUGGGAGGAGAGGCGCCAGAGACGCAGCCCUCUCGUUGCAUGUCCCGAGGUCCCACCAGUAUCACUUUGGCUCUCAAAGGUUUAAAGGAGAAGUGUGUGGACAGCCUCGUGUUUGACACUCUGAUACCUAAACCCAUGAUGCAACACUACAUCAGCCUAUUGCUCAAACACCGCAGACUCAUCCUGUCCGGACCGAGCGGAACGGGCAAGACGUACCUGGCCUCGCGGCUGGCCGAGUACCUGGUGGACCGAAGUGCCCGCGAAGUCUCCGACGGCAUCGUGGUGACCUUCAAUAUGCAUCGUCAGUCCUGCAAGGAUCUGCAGCUUUAUCUUUUGAACUUGGCCAAUCAAAUAGACAGAGAAACCAGCUCUUCAGAAAAUCCUUUGGUCAUCAUCGUGGACGAUAUUCACGAUCCGGCUUCUGUCAGCGAAUUAGUCAACGGAGCGCUGACGUGCAAGUAUCACAAAUGUCCGUACAUCAUUGGAACAAGCAAUCAGCCAGUGAAGAUGACGGCAAACCACAGCCUACAUCUCAGUUUCAGGAUGGUGACCUUCUCCAACAAUGUGGAGCCCGCCAACGGCUUCCUGGUACGCUACUUGCACAGGAAGCUGAUGGAGUCCGAGGACGAGCGAAACCUGACCAACGAGGACCUGGUCCGUGUGCUGGAUUGGGUUCCCAAACUCUGGUAUCAUCUGCAUACCUUCCUGGAGAAACACAGCACGUCAGACUUUCUCAUUGGCCCGUGCUUUUUCCUGUCUUGUCCGGUCACGGUGGACGAGUUCCGGUCGUGGUUCAUUGAUCUUUGGAACCAUUCUAUUAUUCCCUAUUUGCAAGAGGGAGCCAAGGAUGGCAUCAAGCUCCACGGUCAGAAAGCAGUAUGGGAGGACCCCGUGGAGUGGGUGAGGGGCACACUGCCUUGGCCUUCUGCCCAGCAGGAUCAGGCCAAGCUGUUCCACCUUCCACCCCCGAGCAUCGGCUCCAGUAGCCCCGGUCAGGCUGACGAGGAAAAAUCCCGCAAGGAGACCACGCCCAGCUCAACAGAAUCUGAUCCGUUGAUGGCAAUGCUUUUGAAACUUCAAGAGGCUGCCAAUUACAUCGAAUCACCGGACAAAGACGACCCCAGCCUGCCAAGACUGUGAACAAGUUCACAAAACACUCGAAGUUACUCGUCUGCUGUGAUGAAAGUGGACUGUGCAUUCGGGAACGCUCAGACAAAAUCGUAGUUGUAAGAUCAUUUCGAAGCAUCAUUCCUACAAUGUAAAAAUCAUACGAUAGUAUUUGUAGCAGUAGAUGGAGUUGUAAUAAAUAUAUACAGGGGGUCCAUAGUUUACAACAGAUUUCCAUUCCUACCAUGGCUAAUUAACCCAUAUGAAUAUUCAAAAUGCAACUGUAGUCUAUCAUUGUGUAUUGGGACCAUUUAAAUCAAAGACCCCCUGUAUAUCUGUAUUGACAUGAUUCACUUCAGGUCCCUUGUCCACCUCUUUGCCCUCAGUCCUCUUCUUAGUAGAUUGGUGCUAAUCGACCCAAACCACUUCAGGUGAUGCCAAAACCAGCACACCCUCGCAUCGCAGCACAGUGCGGGAAUACAUUGUGCUUGUCCACUGAAGCUGUUCUGAAAUUCAGUGCAGAGGUUUAAAAAAAAAAAAAAAAAAGAGUAUGACAGCACAGUGGAAGUUGCUGAAGUUCAUAUCUGCUGCUUCUGUCUCUCGAAGCCAAAUGUGACGCAUUAUGCAAUCCCUUGACUUCCCAACGUGUGCAGGUGAAAAACAAAAAACAAAGAUGCCUUAAAGAAGAAAAAAACUUCAUUGGUGCUUACGUCAGCUUAGCUCCCUUAGCUUUCGAUUGACUAUCAUUUUCUGCUCCUCAUCCUUAGUUUGAACUCGCACGUUCAUAUUUAUAAGGUAGAAAAUGUUGCUGUCAUACUCUUUUUUUUUUUUUCCCCUUCUCUAUCUCUGCAACUCUUCUAGCACUUUUUCAUUUUAGCUGCUUAACUUCAAAACUCAUACAAGGUCACCUCUGCUGCCAUGUACAGUAUAAACUAGCAGGUAUUACGUUCACAAUAAUUCCACCAGCAGGAGGAAAAUGAUGACACCGUUUGAUUCCAUUUUCUAAAAACUCAACACAAGGAACGUUAGCGCCACACAGAAUUAAACAUUGUGAACAAUAGAAAGAUGACUGGCAAAUGUUUGAACUAUUUCUAAAAGGUUCAAAUCAACUGUAUUAGUCUUAAAAUUUCAAAACAACUAAACUGUACUCAACAAUUACUGUACUGCAUUUAAAAAAAGUUUACUCCACUGUAAAGUGAUUCUUUUACUACACUUUGAAGCCACUUGCAUAGAUAUAGCUGUGUUUCUGUGUGGCACUAAUGAUGACAUACUGUAUGUGUGUGUAACCCGAAACCAUUGUCCCAAAUGAUGUCUAUAGGUACGGAUGAUUGUCAUAAAGGAAACAAAUGAAUUAGCCAUUAAGAAGAGAAGCAGCUGAUGAGAAUGACUCUAAAGCUACCUGUAGCCAUUUCAUCGUCUAAUCACGUCAUGCACUUCACCAGGAGAAUCUUGAAAAAAAAUAAAUAAACGUUGCGUAUUAUCGACAUUUCGGUACGUUUGGUGCUUUUUAACGUUGUUUGCUGUGGAAUAUCCCGCAACGAUUCAGGGUAGGUUGACCAGAUUGUUAACGUUAAAUCGAUUUUUUUAGAGUAACCUUUUCAGAGACACCUACGACAUUGUACCAUGUGUAUGAUCAUGUCCAUGUUGCGGUAUUUGCAAAUGGCCCCAAAAUCAGAAUCAUUUUGAGGUGCUUCGUCUAUUUAUUUUUUGGUGCGUAUAAUAUAGAUUGUCUCUACAAUGGUAAAUGACUGUAUUACAUAAAGCACGAUACACACAUAGUGGGCUUAAAUGAUGUGUGUACCCCGCUUUAAGGAUGUGAUGUUGAAUGAAUUUAUUGUGUACUGAAAUCCCAUCAAUGAAUGUCCAGCCACCGUUCCAUAAAUUAGAUGUAAAGUUAAAAUACAAAGAGGAAUUUCACUCAAAAUAUGAGCUUUACAUUUUUUUUUUUGUAAAUAUGUUGGCCUUUUACCCUUAAAAAAAAUAAGAUACUCCCUGCCCCCAGUCAAAUGCAUUUCAUCUGAUGGACUGGUUGUUGUGCUUGUCUAUGUGUAGUAGCCGUGACUGGUUUUGUAUGGGGACUAUACAGCAACUUAAUUCGGGAGUGAAGGGAUAACCCGCUGAGCCUUAAACUGAUGGUUACGUCAGGGGUGUUGUGUUGGAAACAGGGUAAAGCGAUCUAGUCUGAAAUAAUGGUUAAGAUCUCCAUUUCAAAUUGAACCUUUAAUUCUAAAAUGGUUGACAGAAGCAUUUCGAAUGGGUCGAAGCCCAAAAAAACAGAUGGAGGCCUACAGGUUGCUGUAUAGUCAUAUUUUUGGAGAAAGUCGUCAUUGACUGAACAGUAAAUAUCGGAGCAAAAAAGGAAAAAAAGAAAAAAUGUUAUGAGAUUUCUUGAAAUGUUAAGGAUUAUCCUGUGUUGUAAAUGCAUGUAAACUUGCUUUGUGACGAAAAGGAAGGUCAUUUGUUUUCUUUCUAUGACUCCGAUAUUUGAUAUUUCUUCUUCUUUUCUAAGAAUCCUUUAUAAAGGUUGAGUUCUCUAUUUUAUACAAAACGUCAUUGUAAAGAUUGUAAAUACGGCAGCGUUCUGGAUGCUUGGCAGAGAAAAGGGUUUGGAUUCAAAAAAGCGCUCGGUUGGCUCCACACCGCACAUCCACCAUCCAACCCAACCCAACCGUACAACCAACCACUGUUUGUUCAAAUCAAUAAAAUACAUGUUAUAUUUCA